UUCCGAGAAAAUCACAGCCGUCAAGUUCUAAGUACUCAAUCAAUCUGAACCGUCCAUAUUAGGUCAUUGAACAUCAACCACUAUAUAAAUUCCCCAUCACCUCCCUGUCUCUCCACGCAGCAAACGAGUUUUAGGGUUUUUCCUUCCCCCUUUUUCAGCAAACCCAAAUAUCUGAAUCGAAGAGGUUAAAGUGACGGCGCCGCCGCUGUCCGCCUUGGCUGAAAAUCUGUAACAGUCUUGGCCCUCAUUUUUGUAAAUCUCUUCCUUUCACUUUUUUAGGGUUUUGUUAGUUUCAAAACAGUAUAGACUUUAGUUGUUGUUGUUGAAUCUGAAAAUCACUUCAAUGGCACCAAAAGCAACAAAGGCGGAGAAGAAGAUUGCUUAUGACAGCAAGAUGUGUCAGCUUCUGGAUGAUUAUACUCAGGUGCUUGUGGCUGCUGCUGAUAAUGUUGGAUCCAAUCAGCUUCAGAACAUUAGGAAGGGUUUGAGAGGUGAUUCUGUUGUUCUUAUGGGUAAGAAUACUAUGAUGAAGAGGACCAUUAGAGUCCAUGCUGAAAAAACUGGAAAUGAAACUAUCCUCAAUCUCAUUCCUCUCCUUGUUGGUAAUGUUGGAUUGAUCUUCACCAAGGGUGAUUUGAAGGAAGUGAGCGAGGAAGUCGCUAAGUACAAGGUUGGUGCACCUGCUCGUGUUGGUUUGGUUGCUCCAGUUGAUGUUGUUGUCCCUCCUGGCAACACUGGUUUGGAUCCCUCCCAGACCUCUUUCUUCCAGGUGCUCAACAUCCCUACCAAGAUUAACAAGGGAACUGUUGAAAUUAUCACCCCUGUGGAGCUCAUCAAGAAGGGUGACAAAGUUGGUUCCUCUGAAGCUGCCCUGCUUGCCAAACUUGGAAUUAGGCCCUUCUCAUAUGGUCUUGUUGUUACCUCUGUUUAUGAUAAUGGAUCUGUCUUCAGUCCUGAGGUUCUUGACCUUACUGAGGAUGAUCUUGUUGAGAAGUUUGCCAUGGGAGUAUCUAUGAUUACCUCCUUGUCAUUGGCCAUCUCAUACCCAACUUUAGCUGCUGCACCACACAUGUUCACCAAUGCCUACAAGAAUGUGUUGGCCAUUGCUGUUGAAACUGAGUAUUCUUUCCCUCUGGCUGACAAAGUGAAGGAAUACCUUGCGGAUCCUAGCAAGUUUGCCGCUGUUGCUGUUGCUCCUGUUGCAGAUGCUAGUUCUGGUGCUGCUCCUGCUGCUAAGGAAGAGGAGAAGAAGGAUGAGCCUGCUGAGGAGUCUGAUGAUGACAUGGGUUUCAGCUUGUUUGAUUGAGUCUGUUGUUGUGGUGUCACUUUAUUGAGUACCAGAAAAUGCUCUCUUUUAUGUUUCAAGUAUCUUGACAAUAUUUAAUUUCAGUUUAGACUUGUUUUGGUAUAAGUUGGUGGUUGUUUUGUUUUGGACCA